GAACAGAACCGACUGUGAGAUUAAAUUAAUAUCGUUUCAUCCUUUCAUUUUAACAGAUGUCGCAUUUGUGAACACCAUGUUUGCCUGAGAGGAGGCGGUUAAUUUAAUUAUUCAUUUUGUUUUGCCCUUGCUGGUGAAAUAAAGGUUUAAUAAUCUUAGAGACAACGGGUCUCCGUUGUUGCUCAGCGGACCUGAUCACAUGGUAGGAUUAGCGCAUGCGCGUGGAAUCCGGGGCUGAUGGAGAGAAGAUGCCCACUGCCAUCAUCCCCGUGUAGUGCAGGAGAGCUACAAACCGGUCCUAUUUACCGCAGACACCACAGACUCUGUUGUCUCUCAGCUCAGCUGCAUGUUGUAGUCUGACACAAGAAGCCCGAUGUCUGUGGCAAAUGCGAAACACACUGUCCUGAAUCCGGUGAUCCCAUACACAGGGCCCAUACCUGGAGGCCUGCACCCUGGGGAGAUCAUCAUCAUCCAGGGCACUGUGCCCCCAGAUGCUGACAGGUUUCAGAUCGACCUGUCGAACGGCUGCAGCACCAAGCCGCGCUCUGACGUCGCCCUCCACUUCAGCCCUCGCUUCAAAGGCUCGCCCUGUGUGGUGUGUAACACCCUGCUGCAGGAGAGCUGGGGCAAAGAGGAAACGCUCCAUCAGCUGCCCUACAAACGCGGAGCCCCCUUCGAGACCAUCAUCCUGGUGCACGAAGACGUCUUCAAGGUGGCAGUAAAUGGCACCCACCUGCUGGAAUACAAGCACAAAAUCCCACUGAACAGGGUCGACACGUUUUCUAUUUCUGGGAAAGUCAGGGUGCACGCUAUUGGCUACAUCCCAAACUCAGCAAUAUAUUCAGAAUCAGGUGACUUGAGCCUCCCUUACAAAGGCAGUAUACUCAAAGGACUGAGCCCCGGACAGCACAUCACAAUCAAAGGACAGGUCAGCAUGUAUCCCCACAGCUUUACAGUGAACCUCCGCAACAGCAGGACAGAGAACAUUGCUCUCCAUCUGAACCCUCGCAUGAAGUCUGGUUUGUUCAUCAGGAACUCGUACCUGAGUGAAUCCUGGGGUCAGGAGGAGCGGGAGCUGCCCUUCUUUCCCUUCUCGUCAGGGGAGUACUUUGAGAUUCUCGUCCUGUGUCAGCCUCAUCAGUUCAAGCUGGCAGUGAAUGGCUCACAUCUGUUUGAGUUCAGACAUCGGGUGCAAGACCUGAGCAGCAUUGACCAGUUGGAGAUUAUGGGGGACCUGGAGCUCAAUGACGUGAAACUGUGGUGACCUGGGACUGUCGACUUAAACGGAAACCAGCGUUACAGACACUGUUGUGUUCUGGUUAUCGAUGCUAAAUUAGCUUACCCACACUGACCCAGACAAUGGAUGCUGAAAACGGCAAACUGCGCUGAGGUCAGGUCUGGUUAGUCUUGCAGCAACCACAGGUCACUGAUUUUAAGCUAGUUUAGCAUUUUUGGUGACUAAGGACCAUGGACAGGCCCUGCCAUGGAGUAUUAAUGGUCCAUGUUUCCAGCUCUGGUUAGACAAGUGAUGCAUGAGUGUAGGCUGUGCUGGAGCAUCAGGCUGUGAGCCACCAUGACUGUUUACAGCUACAAGUUAGGUUUGCCUUGGUUCAUUUCUUCUACUGUCUCUAGUGCAUCUCUGCUGUGAUACGCCCUUAGUGCACUGUAUAAAUAAAACAGGAAAUAUGUGUAAAUCUUAAAAAGCACUUGGCUUUGUUUGAACGCCAAGACAGUCAGCAAAUACAAACAGUGGCUCAAACUGAAGGGCUCCAGUAUUUUGGAGCAAGGCCCAAUAAAGACUAAUUUAUUGUACAGCUAAUUUAAAAAGCUUUGAAACAUUUCUCAUCAUUACUAAAUAAUUAAUACUAUUUUUUAAUUAAAACAUUUAAUGUGGGUUCAAAAUUAUUUUCAUUUGCAAUUUUUUAAAAUUAUUUUUCACUUUUUAAUUUAAUUUAAUUUAAUAGGAUAUGCCUACUUUUUAGUUUAUAAAUUCAGUCUGCUAUAAAGUCGUAAUCCUCAGGAUUCUUUAACACAUGACAGCGUCCCAUGUACUUGACAUUUCCAUUAACUUAACAUGUAAUGGUGCAGCAGAACUCAAGCACAGUGCAGUACAGGGUCUGUUUAAAAUAUUAACUAUUUCAAUAACCUAACGAAUGACAUUUUGCAAUCUUUAUGCAAGCUGUAGAAUAUAGUAGAAUCCUGCAUCUGUGACCAUCUCUUGUCUCAAUGCUCUCCCACUCAGUGCUGCAAGAAAAAAAAAUCUGGAAUAUUUCUUUUCCAAUGUCAUUGGUUUUUUUUUUUGCAUUGUCUGUUGUAAUUGUUGUAAAAUAUGUAUGAAAAAUCCUCCCUAUGUAUCAUAAAUGAUUUAAUAACAAAUAAAUGUGUUACUAUUAUCAUUGUGCAUCAACUGCAUUAGUAUAUUUUUGGCCACUAGAGGACAGCGUAACAGGUUGUAAAUAAAACAGUGAGAUAGCCUCACAUUAACGGUUAUAGGCUUAAUGUGUUGGUAAGAAGUGGCUAGUUUACAUAUCCAGCAGACGACAAGCAAUCUUAGCAUUCAUUUGGUGUCAUGUCAGUGUCUAUCUGAUGAAUGUGAGUCUAAUAUUCACUGUCCUAUCUAUUUUGCCCUCCAGCAACUCCAGAGAGAAAACUAUUGGGUCUUUAGCUAAAUGCUAUACUUUCUGCUCCAGCUAACUUUGCUAACUUUGUGGGGGAAAAAACCCCCCAACACAAACAAAAACAAACAAACAAUAAAAAUGUAAUCAGCUGUUAAACAGAAAACUACUGAAGCUGAGAAUGGCAAUGCUAGCAAUUUUUUUUUUUUUUUUUGAAAUGCUGUUAUCUCGAGAAGUUAAUUAUCAAGAAAACUGAGACGAGAAAACAAAAGGUAAUUUCCUGUCAUUACUUAUGUAUAUCAGAUCGGAUCAGAUCAGAUCGCCAUGUCAGCAUGCAUCUUAACAACUGUAGCAACUUAUUUGACAAAACUACAUAUUUCUGCCUAAAGUUACUGUUGAUUUAUGAAUCCUCCCUAACAAGGACGUAGGUUUUGUUUCAACACAUAUAAAACGGAAUGAGUGUCAAACAAAUUUCCUUCAUUGUUGUGAAUUCUACUGCAUCAAUUUACAGUGGUCUUACUUCAUAAAAAUUAAAGUCCUCUGCGCCUGUAGGGAUAUGUCUUCUGCAUCCCCCCUGAAAUCUACGCCUAUGUUCCCAAACAGCCAUUACGGUGAUCUUGAAUACGAAGAUCAGGUGUGAUCAAAUGAAUCACUCAUUUUUGAGUUCUCCAUAAUUAUCCAAUGAUCUCAAGAAAAGUAUUUGUUUCCUUGUGAUAAAUUAUUUUGAGAAAUUGGCCUCUUGAGACUAGCACAAAUUAACACCCUUUACCAUGAGGAACAAAGUUUUCAUGGGAUGCUUAAGUAAUUAACUUGUGGUCUUGAGAUUAUGGCAUUAAAAAAAUAACUGCAAGCAUGGCCAUUCUCGGCUUUCAUAGAAAACAGCUGCCUACUGCAUCUGGAGACACAGCUGAUAAAAAGAGACAGGAUGAACCAACACAGUAAAGUUACAGGCAAGAAAAAUCCAUGAGCUAAAAAUGCUGUGUAGAGCUGAAGGAAACGACAGUCUUACUCGAUCUCUGCAAGUUCUUGUCUAGAACAUCGCUUUAACAUUACAUGUAGUCAUUCUGUUUUUAAUAACGGAAUAUUGGUUAUUGUAACGUUAAUAUUACACUAAUCAGAAUGUAAUGUCUGUACUUAUUUAUGAUGUAUUUAUUUUAGGUAAAAUGUAGUUUAUUGUUAAGGGGGAAAAAAACUAGUCAACUGCAGUACUCCUACUGAACCACAAGGUGGCAGGAGACAAUUAAAUGUUUAUUACCAGCACCUUUACUUCUCAUACAUCUUUACCGACCACUGUCAGUGAACUCUAGAUCUUUUUCCUUUAAGGCACCUACAAAUCAGUUUUAUUAAAUAUUACUGUAAACUAAGUCCUUGUUUUAGUCUGCAUCUCUCACCAAAGGUUGGUGCUUGAGGUCUUACCAGGACUUCUGUAAAGAUGAAUGGGAAACUUAAUGGCCUAGAGUGAGUCUUCAUAAAUGCUGAGCAACAUCCAGACAUGCUUGUUU